AAACAGCGAGCACGUGGCACCCGCGGCCAGAGCCGCGCGCGGCGGGACCGGGAGACCAUGGCGUCGCUCAGUGGUGGCACCGUCGUCUGUGUGAUCUGCUUGGAGAAGCCCAAAUACCGCUGCCCCGCCUGCCGCGUGCCCUACUGCUCUGUGACCUGCUUCCGGAAGCACCGAGAGCAGUGCAAUACCGAAACUCGUCUUGUUGAGGAAAAAAUACCAGCUUUUACUGCAAAAACUAUAAAGACUGAGGAAAACAAAGAUGAUGACGACUCUGUAGCUGAUUUUCUCAAUAGUGACGAGGAACAGGACAGAGUUUCUUUGCAGAAUUUAAAGAAUUUAGGGGAGUCUGCAGCAUUAAGAAGCUUACUGCUCAACCCACACCUUAGACAGCUGAUGGUCACCCUUGAUCAGGGGGACGACAAGGCCAAGCUCAUGAGAGCCUGCAUGCAGGAGCCCUUGUUUGUGGAGUUUGCCGACUGCUGUUUAAGCAUUGUGGAACCAUCCCAGAAUAAGGAUCCUUAAAAUGGAUUAUGGUGCUGCUUGCCCCUUCUCCCAGGAGACCAGGGCAGUGUUUCCAGGACGAAGACCUGCUGAUGGAGGGUAGGUCACGCGAGUCUUCACCUCCGUUGCCGUGGGCUUAGAUGUCAGGCAGAUGGCGGCACUCAAGUGGCACAUUCAAAUGGUUGUUUUUAAGUUAUUUAUUUUUGGUACAGUUAAGGUAGAUAUUGUGAGAUAAUUUAUCAAGUUUCAUACUCUUUGGAGUGAAAACUUGCUCAGUGUUACUAAAUAAAAUCAAGGUGUGGUUCUGUGUUA